CCAAUUUUUGCUUGGAAUUGGGAAACGGUAAUUGCUGAUCGUUGAAUCAUUUUAUUUGUAGAAAAUAACAAAAACUCAAGAUGUCGUCCUUUGGUACAUUAUUCAAAGUUACAACUUAUGGUGAAUCACACUGUAGAAGUGUUGGUUGCAUUGUGGAAGGAUGCCCUCCAGGCAUGAAUCUUGCAGAAGAUGAUGUACAAGUCCAACUUACUCGUCGCCGUCCUGGUCAAUCAAAUCUGACUACACCUCGUAAUGAGAAAGACCGUGUUCAUAUCCAAAGUGGAACCGAGUUUGGCGUUACAUUAGGAAGUCCUAUCGGUAUGAUGGUAUUAAACCAGGACCAGAAGCCUCAUGAUUACUCGGAUAUGGAUAACUAUCCACGUCCUUCACAUGCUGAUUUUACUUAUUUGGAAAAGUAUGGCGUUAAAGCCUCCUCUGGUGGUGGUCGUUCUAGUGCUCGGGAGACAAUUGGCCGUGUUGCCGGCGGUGCCAUAGCUGAAAAGUAUUUACGAGAAGCUUUUGGCAUCGAAUUCGUUGCUUUUGUGUCAAGCGUCGGUAAAAUCGCCAUUCCUCUUCAUCAAACAAAGACUAGCUCCUCUGCAAUCGAUGAUGAGACGGAUGACUAUGACUCCCCUAUUACUCCUGAGUACUUGAAGUUUUUAAACGAAAUUACUCGGGAGGAAGUCGAUAAAACAACUGUACGUUGUCCUCACGCUGAGACUGCUAACAGAAUGUCGGAACGUAUUGCUCGUGCUCGUGACAGUCACGAUUCUAUUGGUGGUACCGUCACUUGUGUCAUUCGUAAUGUUCCUAGUGGACUUGGUGAGCCUUGUUUUGACAAGAUUGAAGCCAAGCUGGCUCAUGCAAUGAUGAGCAUUCCUGCCACGAAGUCUUUUGAAAUCGGCUCUGGCCGUGAGGGAUGUAAGGUUCCUGGAUCCGCUCAUAACGAUCCUUUUGUUCGUAAUCCAGUUACUGGCAAGCUCGGUACUUCCUCGAAUAACAGCGGCGGUGUCCAAGGUGGUAUCACUAAUGGAGAAAAUAUUUACUUUACAGUUGGUUUUAAGUCUCCCGCUACGAUUGGCAAGGAGCAGCCUUCCACUCGCUACGAUGGUUCUGGUGGUGUUUUGGCCGCUAAAGGUCGUCAUGACCCUUGUGUUGUUCCUCGUGCUAUUCCCAUCGUUGAAACAAUGGCUGCCUUGGCUGUCAUGGAUGCUCUAAUGAUUCAACAAAGCCGAAAUGCUGCCCGUAGCUUAUUGCCGAAUGCAUUGUAAAGAGGCUUUAAGUGAAAAGUUACUAAGUUAUAGAUACCUGAUUUUGGUUCCGUGUGUACUCCCUUUAACCGUUGAUAUCCAUAUCUAUCUUUUAUCUUUUAUAACAAGCUCAAAGAUGAUUUCAAUGCUCAAUUUUUCGGCACCUUUGACUCGUUAAUAUUUUCGUAGAUACCUUUUUGUUUGUCUGGUUUUGACGCAGUGAGUUCAUUCCUUCUGUACAAACGUUUAUUCUUUUCUUUUUGGUGUUAAUAGAAUUCCUUUUUUUUUAUUUCUUGCAUGAACUUGCUGACAAAUUGAGAGUUAAUUUACGUAUAUAGUUGCAUUAGUCGUAAAUUAGAAAAAAAAAGUGAUAUUUGUGUUUCAUUUCGUUUCUUGUCUAAAUUCAUACAGCUUGUGCUUUCUUC